AUGGUAAGGCGAAUCGUAUCGCCCUCAAUUCACGUCCCAAGCCAGGUUGAGCGAAGUGAGUUGGAGGAGCACUUCGAAAAGUUCGGAAAAGUCGUAGACAUUUGGGUGGCAAGACAGCCUCCUGGGUUUGCAUUCGUGACAAUGGAGGACGAAAAGGAAGCGCAGGAAGCUGUGAAGGAGUUAGAUGGAGGCAAAGUUGCUGGUGAGCGAAUCCGCGUCGAGGUCUCCAAGGGUGGAGAAUCCAAGAAAAAUAAUGCACCACGCAAAGACUCAAGGAGUCGAAGUCGCCGUGGCGGCCGAGGUCGCAGAAGAAGGCGAAGUCCGAGCUACUCAGACUCCUAUUCAGACUCACGCUCGUGA